CCGAGGGCGGCGGACAGUCGAGAGCGAGCGCGGAGCUGCUGAGCAGAAGCGCUGGUGGAGGCAGGCAGGCUGUGGCUGGGAGCGCUGAGUGGUGCCAUUUCUCUGCCCUCUGCCACCCCCACAGUUUGGGCUCAGGAUGCCAGAAGGCCCAGAGCUCUUUCUAGCCUGCAGAUACAUCAACUCAGAGUGUGCCGGAAUUACAUUUACAGGGAAGGUAGAAAAAUCAGAAGUUAGCAAGAAUCCGGAGGUGCCUUUUGAGAGCAAAGGAUACCUGAUCUUGGCUGUGUCACGGGGCAAAGAGCUGAAGCUCGCUCUGACACCCAUCAAACAGGAGAGCUCUACCGCGAAACGGCUGGGAUCUCAGCGUCCGAUGGAUGUAGUUUUCCGUUUUGGCAUGAGUGGGAAUUUCAAGCUGGCCCCGGUUUCUGACAUGCCCAAACAUGCCCACUUGCGUUUCUAUACCCGAGAGACGCCACCCCGAGCCCUCUGCUACGUGGACGUCCGGCGUUUUGGCAGGUGGGAGGUGAAUGGCACCUGGCAGCCAGACCGGGGGCCCUGCGUGAUGCUGGAGUAUGAAAAAUUCAGGGACAACAUCCUGAGGAAUCUCUCUGACAAGGCCUUCGAUAAACCCAUCUGUGAGGCUCUGCUAAACCAGAAGUUUUUCAAUGGGAUUGGCAACUACCUUCGGGCUGAAAUUCUUUACCGAUCAAAGGUCCCUCCCUUUGAGAAGGCACGGACAGUUCUGGAGGACCUGCAGCGUGGGAUGCAGGUUUCCGGCACAACCCUGAGCAAGAAAGUGAAGCUGAAACGAGAGAAUCCCGACUUGCUGGAGCUCUGUCACACGCUGCCCAUGGAGGUCGUGAAUCUAGGAGGUGGCAAAGGCUACGACCCCACCAACCAGGAGGAUUCUGCAGGCUUUGAAGAAUGGCUGCACUGUUACUCUGCCCCAGGCAUGAAAUCCAUGCGCGAUACCAAUGGCAGGACCAUCUGGUUCCAGGGAGACCCUGGACCCAUGACUCCGAAAGGAGGGAAAUCACAGAAAAAGAAGGUUCAAGUAAAUUCUAAUCCAGCUGCACAGAGUUCAAGGGUCACCAAGCAGUUGGCGAGGAAGAAUUCCAACCCUGGUCCUGCUCAGAAAGGACUUAAGGAGAAAAGGAAACUUAGAACAGAGAGUGGAAUUGUCCAAGAAAAGGAGGAUGGCAGUUUGGUAAACGGAGCCAGGAGACCAAGGACCAGAUCUCAGAGAUCAUCUUCUGAUCUGCAAGAGUCUUUGCUGCUAAGUUCUCCAGCUCAAGCGAAGAAGAGGCGAACACCGACUCAGAAAAAACAGACUAAGGCAGCUGCAGUCUCAAGAUCUAGACGGGUAAAGGCUUCCUAACCCUUCUCAGUGCAGAAUGAUCAUCGCACAAGCUUCAUGCAGGACUUCAUGCUCCAGCGGAGGAGACAAGUGCAUCUUUUUGACCCAAGAGUAGCAACUGAAGAACGCUUGUCAGAAAAUCUUUUCCUGCUUCCUCAUUUACCAACGUUUAAGCGUAUGAUUACCCACAGACUUCUCUGAUAGUACUUACACUGUUUUUAAAAACCUGCACCCUUAGACAAAAAUGUCUUUGGUUCCAAACUGUCCUGGCAGGAGGAACUGGAAAACAGUCUGGUGAUUUGAAUAGUUGCUCCCUCUCAAAUGCCUUCUUAUGGAAAGAAGACUUGCACAGUCCAGGGAGCUUUCGGAACAAAAGUUCUGGGCAGCAAGUGAAUAAGAUUUAAUCUGUGUAUUUAUCUCCCUAAACUUUCAACAGUUAAUCAAAUGCUUUGCCUUCCUUUUUUAACAGCGUGUUUUUUUUAAAAAACUGCUUUUUUAUACCAAUAAAAAAGGCCCUGCUUUAUUCUUUUACAUAAUUUUAUUCAAGAUUUUUUUUUAAAAAAGGUAAAAACUAAUAUAAAGUGAGAAAAAGAAAAGAAUCAA